UCAGUCUCCACAGACCUCAGGACAGGAAGGACCUGAAUUUAUAGUCUGAGUAAGCUGGGAAAGACCUAUUGGGUGUUCAUACAUCAGGAUGUGCCUUCAUUCCUCUUUUUCAACAUUUAACAAGCCCAGGAUGAAGUGAUCUGGCUAAAUUGUGUAGAGAAAGGCUGAUUUUUUUCUUUUUUUCCCAUGUGACAAGGCAAUACUGACUAGUGGACAUCUUGACAAGGUCUCCAAGCAACAUUUUCUGUAGAGCUGAAUGAAAGCAGAAGCAGCUGGGUGAAUUGAUGAGCUUGCCUUGGGAGCCUCUAAGUAGGCAAAAUCAGAACCCACGAUGGGUCAAAAGGUCACAGGUGGGAUAAAGACUGUGGAUAUGAGGGACCCGGUAUACAGACCAUUGAAGCAGGAGCUCCACAGACUUGACUACAGCAAACCCACGCGUCUGGACUUGCUACUGGACAUGCCUCCUGUAUCCUAUGAAGUCCAGUUAUUGCAUUCAUGGAACAAUGAUGAUCGCUCGCUGAAUGUAUUUGUGAAGGAGGAUGAUAAACUCAUAUUUCACCGGCAUCCGGUGGCUCAGAGCACAGAUGCUAUCAGAGGCAAAGUGGGAUACACACGAGGACUGCAUGUGUGGCAGAUAACGUGGGCGAUGCGGCAGCGAGGCACACAUGCUGUGGUAGGGGUGGCAACAGCAGAUGCCCCUUUGCAUUCUGUAGGGUACACCACACUUGUAGGAAAUAACCAUGAAUCAUGGGGAUGGGACCUUGGGCGCAACAGACUGUACCAUGAUGGCAAGAACCAGCCAAGUAAAACCUAUCCUGCCUUCCUAGAACCAGAUGAAACUUUCAUUGUGCCGGAUUCCUUCCUGGUGGUUCUGGACAUGGAUGAUGGGACACUGAGUUUCAUUGUAGAUGGGCAAUAUAUGGGUGUUGCCUUUCGAGGACUUAAAGGGAAAAAGCUGUAUCCAGUGGUAAGCGCAGUGUGGGGACACUGUGAAAUAAGGAUGCGCUACUUGAACGGACUUGACCGUGAGUAUUAUCUCUGUAUUUGUUCUAGCAACCCAAAUCUGUGUGCUGCUUAUGUGCAAGUUUACUACACUGUCAUUGAGGGUUUUCACUUUGUGGAAGAGGUGAGGAUUUCAUGUCAGCAGUAGGAUUUAGAGAAAUUUCCGAAUCCUUAAUGGCAAUUGAAAUAGAGCUUGUCUGACUGGGUAACAUGUGCUGCUACUAAUGCAUUGCAGGGAGCAAGUAAAAUUC